AAACAAAUAGAUGAUAACUGGCGAUGAUGAGUCGUUAAAGCUGCCCUGUUGCUAGGGACUGCUGUUAUCCGUCGUACAGGGCAACUGCCGUCCUAGGAGAGAAAAAAAAAAGGUUCCUUUCGCUGCGUGCUAUCGUAAUUUCGUCUUGAUGAAGCCGUAUUUAACCCGCAGAAAAGAAAAAGAACAGUUGCUCACCCGCGCUUUUGCGGGGAUAAUGGCCAGGCGAUGGUUAUUCGGCGAUCGUAAAAAUCGUUUGUCGCUAUUCGUUCGUGUG